AUGUCGAAUAGGACGAUAUUGUCAACUUUGAGACCAUGUUUAAGGUUGUUUAGCACCUCCAAUGUGGCAUUACAGACACUUUCUGUGAAUGGAAAGACGUACCCAGUAUCAGAUAAGACGAAUGUAACUAGUUCGAUUUUGAAUUUGACUGAUCGCGCUGUUUAUUUGAAACCAUCACACCCUGUUGGGAUCUUAAGAAGUGUUAUCGAGGACAAGCUGAACGACCCUCAUCACUCAUUCGAGAUCUAUAACGAUUUCAAACCUGCGGUUACGGUACAUGAGAAUUUUGAUUCUUUGGGAUUCCCAGAAGAUCACCCCGGUAGAUCGAAAUCUGAUACCUAUUACUUGAACGAUUGUCAUCUGUUAAGAACGCAUACAUCUGCCCAUGAGUUGGAAUGUUUCAAGAAUAUCAAUGGGUUUGUUCCUGGCCAUGUGGGUAAGACUGAUAAGCCUGGAUUUUUAAUCUCUGCCGAUGUCUAUAGAAGAGAUGAGAUUGACAGGACUCAUUAUCCGGUGUUCCAUCAAAUGGAAGGUGGUAGAGUUUGGAAAAGGGAACCGGAUAACCAACAUUUAUUAAAGAUUAAAGAAGAUCUCGAGAGAUUGGAGAAAACUUUGGCAGACGACCCAGUGAAACUUGUCGUGGAAGAUAACGUUUCCUUGGAAGGUAAUCCAAAGCAGGAAUACAUGACGAUGGAAGAAGUCGAUUUAUGUUCUCGCCAUUUGAAAAGAUCUUUGGAGCUUGUUGUAUUGGAAGUCUUCAAGAGAAAGUUGGCAAGUAUGGGUAACGUGAAGGGAGAAGAGUUGAAGGUUAGAUGGAUUCAAGCUUAUUUCCCAUGGACUGCACCAUCAUGGGAAAUUGAAGUGUUCUGGCAAAACAAUUGGCUUGAGCUCUGCGGUUGCGGUCUUAUCCGUGAAGACGUUUUAUUAAAAGCUGGAUAUGAACAAAAUCAAAACAUCGGUUGGGCUUUUGGAUUAGGCCUUGACCGCAUUGCAAUGCUAUUAUUCGAGAUCCCUGAUAUCAGAUUAUUCUGGACCCUUGACGAAAGGUUCCAUUCCCAAUUCAAAGAGGGCACAAUCAACAAAUUCAAACCGUACUCUAAAUAUCCAGGUACCAUCAGGGACGUGGCCUUCUGGCUUCCAACAGAUAAGAACUUUGACAUUAUCCAUGAGAAUGAUCUAAUGGAAAUCGUUAGAAACGUAGCAGGAGAUUUGGUUGAAUGUGUCAAAUUAAUUGAUUCAUUCACACACCCCAAAACCGGUAGAAAGUCAUUAUGUUACCGUAUUAACUAUCAAUCAAUGGACAGAAACGUCACCAACGAGGAAGUCAAUGAGCUGCAGGAUAAAGUUCGUGAUACCCUGGUGAAACUAUACGGCGUUGAACUGAGAUAA